GUGUUUUUGUGUGCGUUCGUAUCGGAUCGCGUAGCGCGCGUGUGUGUGAUUUAGUUGGCAACGAAAAUUAAUUAUGACACAGGGUCACUGUACAAUAAGAAAAAAAAAAAAAUGUUGCAAUAAUUGAUAACCCACAGCAGUUGUGUGUGUGUAGCAGAGUGUAUUGCACUCUUAGUUAAAUAUGUGUGAUUAGGUUUUGAAGUUUUCUAGAGUUCGUUUAUUUCAAAAUUCCACGGUUCGUGUUUCAUAAUUUUAAAAGUUUUCGUUUUCGGUGCGUUUCAUUGAGAGAAAAUUUAUGUAAAAGUUUGAACUUAACCCGGCGAUAGCAUUAGCCUUUGUGUUCACCCACUCCGUAGCUGUUCGUUGAGAGGCGUGCAAUUGGCACACUAGUGACUGAUUCCACAAUAUAUUUAUAUACACACAACUACAUGCAUAUAAAUGUAUAUGUGCAUAAGGCGAUAUAUUUUGAAUAUCACAAAAACAACCAAGAUGUACGAGCACUGCUUUUGAUUGUUGCCGCACAUGUGCAUCCUUCCACCGGGCUGUAAUAAUGUGAUUUGUGGAUGCUGUUUCAUAAAUUUGCCGAGUAAAAGAGCGAGAUACUGACAAGUGUACUUGUAACUGAACAUUUUAACAGCGAUGGAUCUUUUUUCACUCUACGAUUGGAUAACUUCCCUGCUGCGACCGCGUGGUCAUUUCAAACCGAUUGAAAAUCAACGGUCAGAGCCAUCGGAUGCUAUAACUGAUGAAAGCACUGAGGCAACGAAUUGUCUUGCCACAACAAAGACUACAUCUCCACAAGUCGAACCACCUAAACCACCGACAAAGAACGUAGAAUUUAUACCGACAUUAGAUUUCGUGACACAAGAAUCUGUUACUUCUGAGUUUGACGUGCAGCAUGUGGCCGAUAUACUGUCGCAGCUUGAAUUUGAUACGUACAAUGAUCGAAACGAUGAUGACGACCACAGCGAUAAUCACUCCGGGCACACAUUUGUAAUUGAACGUAGCUGCAGUGCAGAACUUAACAGCAGCAGUAGCACUAAUACUGAGGAAUUAUUGCGGCAAGAGAUCGUCCAUUCUUUCCGCACAAAUAGUACAGCAGAAUCUUCACUUGCCUACGAGCCAACUAGCUCGAUGUCUAUUGAAAUGGACAAUUUAGGAAAAAGUGCAACAACAGGCACAACGGCAACAACGACACCGACAACGACCGAUGAAGUGCCUGAGACGACGGCCACUUCGUCUCGUAAGAAUAGUAACCCAAGUGCCAUCACUUCAGUCACAACAGCCAGUAGUGGCGGUCAUAGUAUGGAAGAGGAAAUUGAAGAAGCCAUUGAAAUUAGUGAAGAGGACGCUCCAGAUUUGUCGGCUGCACGCUCGUUGGAGCUGUCUGAGGCAGCAGGCUAUAUACAGCAAAUUUUACCAAAGAAGGAAAAAACGAAAUCACUUCAGCUUUUUGGUAUUGAGACAUCCGAAGAGGAUAGUUUAGUACAGCCAAUUAAGAAUGCGGCAAAAAUAAAUAAGACCAAACAAAAUUCCAGCGAAGAAGACGAACUAUUCAAGAUUGACGACGAUCAAUUGUCUGGUGGGAAAUUAGCACAGCACUUUGUGUUGGAUGAAGAGGAAGAUGAUGACGAUUUUGAUGUAAAUGUACCGUUAGACAAGACUCAAGCACAUGCAAGUCAUGAAACGUCUAGUGACGUCAGUGCUGAACGCAGCAAGACUGCGACUGAUUCAGCAGAGGUGGAUUUCGAAGACUUGGAUGUGAGCUUACCGCUGGAGAAGGGAGUGGUACAUUCGCGACACGAUGAAGAACUGAUGAGUAAUUUUGAAGCUGAACCACGGGAGACGAGCCUAAGCAAUGAGAGUACAGCGAAUGAUGUCUCAGAUCUUGUGGAUGAACCAAGGCAAGGAGAGGACUCGCUCAAGAGUGAAGAAUUACUUAUGCCAGGGACUGAAUCGACGCCGAAAUCGUGUGAAUAUGAGCAAAAUACUACAAGUACGUUAUUAAAUGAAAAAGUGAGUGGGUCUCUGAACAAAGUUGAAGUUGAACCAACCGAGAGAACCUCUCACGAGCUCAAUAAGCCGAUGACAAGCGUAUCGCCGGAUCACAGUGAAAAAGACCACUCAAUUGAAGAGAUUGUGGAAAGUAACCAUAGUUUCGAAUAUACUUUAGAUGACAAAGACUUGAGCUCUCUAAACCCAAGUUUCGUCUUACACAAUGAAUCGUUAGUAAAUCGCUUGCUUGCGGACAGAAUGGAAGACCAAAUUUUCACUGACAAGAACGUCACUAAAGAAAGUGCCAAUUUAGCUUUACUGGACGAUCAUAAAACAGUUGACUACGCACGUAUUGUUACCGACUUGGAUGCAAAUGUCACAGAGGCAAUGAUGAAUGCUACAGAAUGUGAAACAGUGUCACAACAGAGAAGCACUAAGUUCGGAGCGCAGAAAAAUCAGCAAAUAAGCGCCAUAGAAUCCAAAGCUGUCAACCUACACGAGACUAAACUCCCAGUAUCCUCUCAUAUUAGUGGGAGAAAAGAAAAUGUGCCAUUAAAUGAAGCAAACUUGGUGGAAACAAAGCUUGCAGUUAUAUCAGAAACUUUGCAGCUGCAUGGGAUGGCUGAAGUCGAAGUGGAACCUUUAGAGACUGUUGUUGAGCACGUGGAAACAAAUGAAUCCUCCACAUUUGACUUAGCCACUAAUGCGCUACGAGAGGCGCUGAUGAAUUUAAUUGGCAGUAAAAAUCAAGUUACUAGUGUGUCACCGGAGCUUGAAGUACCAUUCAACGAUGAUGAUGACGAUGAUACGUCGUUAGAACUUAUGAAAUUACGCAUUAUGGCUAUGAAACACCAAAGCAAAGAUCAACAAAACUAUAUUUCCCUCAAUGAUGUAGCCACUGUGAGUGCCAACGUCGGUGGUGAAGUACAGGUCAUUAAACCAAUGGAGCGUGUACCCUUAGGUGACUUUACAAAGGAUGCACUCGAAGAUAUUACCGAAGAAAGCGAGCGAAAUUCGCUUUCAACAGCUGAGGAACCUCGUUCGUUGUCAAUGGAACGCUCAGCGACAACUACAGACGAAAAAGAUGAUAACAAAACACUACUUGCCGAAGUGGAGGCCCAAACGGCAGACUUAACGACCACUUCAAAUAGUAUAGUUAGUUUGAAUAUGCUGCAAAUGCUGGAAAACAAGGUAUCGGAGUUACAAGAUAUGGUGGCGGGCAAAGAUGCCUGUCUGGCUGCGCUUAACUUUCAAUUAGAAACAUCACAAAGGCGUGAAUCAAGUGGCGCUAAUUCUGUCGAACAACAAUUAGGCUCAGGCAGAGACACCAACAGCUCGCUGGUGACAAAUUCGACUGAAUAUCGCACGUUUCAGGAAGAAUUUGGGGGGCCGGCCAUGGAUAUAUAUAUGGAAUUAUCGAGGCGGGAUGAGCUAAUUGCAAAACUGACAGAUUCUCUCCAACAAUCGAUGAAUGUUCGUGAACAGUUGCAAACGGACAGCGACAAACUCACUAAUGAGGUUCAAUUGCUCCGCAAGCAACUAUGUGAUGCACUGGAUACACUUCGUCGACCCACCUGGCCCCGUGCCGAUCUCGAUAGCAAUUGUGGGCAACGCAUUUCGGAGAUUUCGAUGGAUUUGAUCAGCGAGAGUGAUGACGAUUUAGAACGUAAUUUCUUCACAGACAACGAAGAUAAAUAUUCACGUAAUUCGCGUGAGCGUCAACUGUCAGUGCCGCGUCAAACAGCGGAGAUGUAUGGCGGAGGUGGUGAUAUGGAGGCGCCCGAAUGGUCACAACCGCCGUUUAGCAAGCAAAUUGAACAAUUUCAGAAAUACCUCAGCCCCGGUGAGGUGCGAAUUUUUUUCAUGGUCCAAAAAAAAUUCGAUGACUACUUGAGCCAGGAGCUGGAAAAAUGCAAAUUGAAGUGUGAGCUUGACCAAAAGGAGAUCAUUGACCAGCUUGAAGCAGAUAAACAGCGAAAAGACGUUGAAAUUAAGAAAUUACUAACGUUGCGUGAGGAACAGGACUCGAAACAUGCUAAAGAAGUCGAAGAGCUGCGCAAAUAUUUUGAGACUAAAUGUGCAGAAUUGGAGAAACAGUUUUCGGACGACGUGUUUUCACAAAAAUCGCAACACCAUACCGGAGAUACCUCUUCGUCAGAGGGCUCAGAUCCAGAGCCAAUGCCCGAGGAAAUUGCGCCAGUGCCCACUACAUCACGCUCAAAAGAGCCUUCGCCCCGGAAGCGAACUCGUGCAGCGCUUCUGCUUAGUCCCAGCCACCGUCAAAUUACUCCGUUUACGGAUACGUUCAAUGAGGAUGCCAAUGGCUCCGUGGAAGCCACAGAGUUGAAGGCUUUCUAUCAACAGAAAGUUCAUGAAAUACAGCGCACGCAUGAAGAUCAACUGCGUAAAGUUACUGAAAAAUUAAAGUAUUAUGAAAGUCGCUAUCCGGAGGAUGAAUUUAUGUCCGCUCAUAAAACAACUGCUUCGUCCACUGAUGCUUCUGCAACAAAGAUCGCUGCUAAAUCGAUGGCUGCCAAUACAACGACCAAUUUGAACACCUCGCACGAGAGUCAGGUGAAUCAACGAAAUUACAGCAAUGCUGCUAAUCAGGAAUCAGUUUCACUGCAAGUACGUGAUUCUAACACAUCUUUCAUUAUCAUCGACAAAGAUGAACUGAAUCUACACAACGAAUCGCAAGUUAUACAGAAGAUAAUCGAAGAGUACGAGAGGCGGUUGCAGGAGCAGUUGGCUUUGGCCCGCGAAGAUAUUGUGCGUGAGUUGGAAGUGCAAAUACAGAAUUUGUUAUCGGAAACCACGGCAGACGAUCAACAUUGGCCACCGGAAUUGAUUUUAUUGCGAGAGAAAUUUACCGCUAAGAGCCAAUUAAAAAUCGCGCAACUGAAAAUCAAGCAUGAAGAAGAGAUGUCGCGCCUAAAAGCAGACUAUGAAAAGCAGCUGAAUCGCAAGAAUAAACGUCAUUUAACUUUCGAUUCAGCUCGCGACUUUGAACUGGUAAUUAAUGAUCGCGAUAAUUUACGAGAGUUGUGCAAAAGUUUCCGCAGCGUUUUAGCGGAACUUUCCAAAUGCGUUGUGAAUUGCGAAGAUGACAUCAAUAGCACGCUAAUGCAGGAGGUACAGCGCCUGGUGGCACAUAAUCGUACCUUAGAUGAGCAAACACUUGACGCGGAUAUGAAUAUUUCCCUUUUGAAUACAUCUCUGAGCUCCAAAAAGCAGGCACGCUACGUUCCCGAUGUUCACAGUUUAUUGGAGGUAGUCGAAGAUCCCAUUUUGGUGGAUUUUGUAAGCAACAAAUGUGGUGAUCUAGUGGAAGACUUCGAUUUGCGCGAAUGUCUGGAACGUUUAAACGCUGAAGCCGUGUAUCUAUUGCAUUUAUCGGAAGAACUACAUAAACGCCAACGACCUCGAUUAUCUAGCGUAUCUAGUGGCUUGGAGAAAAUUGAUAGUUGUUGUGAAGGAGAUAGCGAUGAUGAGAAAUCACCGGCAAAGCGCGAAAAACUGCAUCGCUUUUUACGUACUUCAUCGCUGAAUGAACAAAAUUUGCCAACAUACAGAGAGCACACAAAACAACAACAGGGACAGCUACUCAAUUCAUUGCCACCCGAUUUGAACCGCCUACGUGGUGAAAAUUCAAAUGAUAAUGAUGAGAUUUUUUCCACACCCGAUGGCAACGCAUCGGAGCUCAAUUUCCAGGUGCAUGAAUUGAAGAAUCGACUAAUUAAGUCGGAAACUGAUCGCGUGAAGUUGCAGGACGAAUUGGAGCACACAAUCAAGCGAAAUGCAGAAUUGGGACAGGAAUUGCAGGCACUACGUGAUCAAUUGUCUCAAUUAAAUUCGCUGAACCAGACUGACUAUGCGGAGGGCUAUGGCCAUGGCUCGCUUAGGAGUCCGCAACGUGUUUCCGGUUCGGAUAAAUCAUCGACCAGCUUCACACAAUUGCAAGAGAAGGCGCGCAAUAUACUCUCUUCGCCCACGCAGCAGCAGCCCAGUAACGAUGCCACUGUUGUGCUGUUGCAAAUGAUUGAAGACUUUUGCCGCGAAGGCGAGAAGGUGAUGGAAUGCGGAAAGAAGGAUCGCGAAGAUCUGCAAUUGCAGAUUGACGCGGCGGAUAAACAACUAAAAGCAACUCGUCACUUCCUCGAAGAGCAGGCCGCCGAGCGAGAACAGGAGCGUGAUGAAUUUCAGCGCGAGAUCGAGCGCUUAAAAGCGCAACUGCGCGAUAAGGAGAAGGAGCGCAGCACAUUUGAAAAUGCCUCCAAGGAGGUCGAACAGUUGGAAUCGCAAAUACGCGAACUCACACAAAAACUUAGUGAAACGAAUGCGAAACGUGAUAAAUUCGAAGUGGAGCUAAAGGCUUCAAUUGACAAAAUUUUCGUUUUGCGUGAAAUUAUCACCGAGUUAGAGACACAAGUGGAGACAAAGGCGCUCAACGAACAUGUCCUGACUGAGAAGAACAAGCAAUUGGAGGAUUACAUAAAUUCCCAGACACGUUCAAACGAAGCUUUACAGAAUGAGGUGCAGACUUUGAAAUUGGAGAUUGGCGAAGGCUAUCAGGAGCGUAUACGCUUUCUGGAAGACAAACUGCAAAAUAUGCGUCCAUCCGCAGAGCAAAGUAUGGUGUUAGAUCAAGUGGUGGAGCAGCUCCGUGACAUCGAGAAUAAUCUCGAUCAGAAAACGAAAAAUCUCGAAUCUGUGCAUCAUUCAAUUUCUUCGAAUGCAAAUAGCGUAACCGAGGAUGUAUCUGUGAAUGGAGCUCAUCCUAUCAACGCAUUGGCAUCAACAGGUGCGCCAAAUAAUCCCGCAGCGACAGCAACGAUACCAACUCCAGGUUCACCGAUGCACCCUUCGCCACGUCAGCAUUCGCUCACCAUGGAGGGCGUACAACGGAUUGCCGACAAAGUUGCCAAACAUACACGGGUCGAAGAGGCAGCCGUUAAACGUAUAAGAGAUCUGGAAAUGCAAGUGACUCAGAUGCGUGACGUCUGUGUGGAACUACAGCAAGACCGCGAGUCUCUGCAGCAGCGUAUGUGUGAGCAAAAUCAACGCAUUUCCACGCUACAGUCGCGCCUCGAAGAGCAACGAAAGCGCGCCAUAGAGUUGGAGCGAGCGGGUUCUAUUGACUUGAGUGUACGCGUUCACGACCUACAAAACGAAAUACACAAUCUGCAAGAGACACUUUCCGUGCGCGACAAACAGAUCGCCACAAUGAAACAACAACUGGAAAAGAGUAAAGUCGCAAUUGAUCGGCUCGAAGCGGAGCUGGCAGUAGAACAGCAACCGGACCGUAGUAUUAUGGAGCGCUUAGAGGUUGAGGUUAGGCAAAAAAAUGCAGCCAUACAAGUUCUGAAAGAAAAGAUCAAGAAUGAGAUGAUAAACAAGCUGUCGUUACCUGAUUUAAUGGAGACAAUGCUAGCCGAUAAGAAUGAGGAGAUCGAUCAUUUGAGGGAGCAAUUAGUAUCGAAGGAAAAGGAAAUACAUGAGCUCAACUCGAGUCAAGGCUUUAGUUUAGGGGGUGGCGCUAGCGGCAAGAGCGUUGGUGCUGGAAAAGAUGAAGUGAGUACGAAGCUUAGUGCACGCACUUUGAGCGAUAUUGUGUCCAUAAGCGAUUUUGAUGAGCCUGACGUGAUGCGAAGAGUAGCGGUGGCGCAAGAAGCGACGCCGAUUCAACUGUCAGACGGCAAUCGCGGAUUUGGACUGCAAUCAAUGGAUACUUCAAAGCAGGUGCUGGCGAAUUUGACCGACAAGCGUAGUGAGGAUUUAUCUGGGCUUGCCACCUUACGUCCGGCUAAUACCUUUGAAAAUCCGCAUUAUUUCCAAGAUCCCAAUGUGCUAGCAUACACAGGCCAGUCAGAUGCAACAGCCACACCACCCAUUGUGCCACGUCAAAUCAAUUUCUCUGCAUUAACAGAAGACUCGAAAUUUAAAACGCCUAGUUUCGAAAUGUCUGCAGUGGAUAGAAAGGCUACAGAAGAAAAAGAAAUGUUCCAAAAAUGGGCGUGUGAGGUGCAUGAGCUAAAAGAAAAACUGUUAUUUGUUUCCACCGAGAAAGAUAAUGCUAUUGGUGAGAAGGAUAAAGAAAUGCAAGCCAUGGAGGAAGAAUUGGUGGCCACACAACUACAACUAGGUGGCCUGCAACACGAUUUGGAGCAACGCCAAACAGAAAUCAGCGAGUUGAAGAAGGAAGCACAAAAAUGCCUAAUUUAUCAAUCAGAAAUCGCUGAAAAAACGGCAGAAAUUGAACUGCUCCUAAGUUCCCAAGAACGUCUGAUUAAAGAGAACAGGGAACAACAAGACCGACUGACUAAAAGCGAGAAAGAGCUGCUCAACUACAAGGAGAACGAACAGCAGCUGCAGCGACGUGUUAAAGAAUUGGAGGAGAAAAUACUUGAAACAACGGAGUAUGAAGUUAACCAGCGGGAGAGUUUGCGCAAAGAGUUAAGCACUUUAAGUGAAAUUCAUGAGCAGUGCAAGAAUACUGUCCGCGAAUUGGAGGCCCGCAAAGUGGUUGUCUCGAAUCUAAACGAACAACUCAAGGCCAAGGAUCAGCGCUUACAGAUGCUAACUAAUAAAUUGGUGCAAGCAGACGAGAAUGUCAGUGAACUGCAGCAGAAGAUUUCUUCGCUGGGGGAGGAGGUGGAACGUUUGCGCCAGCAACCGAAUAGCGAUAACAGCUCGAAACAGUAUUCGGUAGAUGAAAUUGCACAACAAGUCGAAAAAGAACUAAACUAUUCUGUGCAACUGGACUCUAAUAUACUGCGAGCCAUCGAGAGUGAAGAAGAAAACAACUUAGAUCGCAAGAGCCGCGAAAAAGCAUCGCAGGAACCUAAUAAGACUGAAGCGCACGGCACAGACGAUGAGAAUUUUACAGGAGAGCGUGAACUCUUAAACCAAUUGGAGGUGUUGAAAGCACAAAUUUCAGUGGAACGCGAGCAAAAUGAAGAAACACGUCAAGAGUUGUUAACUGAAAAGCAGCACUCACAGGAAAUACAAGAACAAGAUGUUCUUAUUAUUGAGGCGAUGCGCAAGAGACUUGAGACGGCGCUGGAAAAAGAGGACGAAUUGCUCAAGCUGCUUGAUAUUGAGCGUGAGCGUUGUGAGCGCGUACAAACUCAGUUAACUGCCAUGCAGCGUGCGGAAUCACGUCGUAAUUCAUUGCUGCUCAAGUCGCCAAGCGAGUCGCCACGCAAAUCGCCGCGUUCAAUCGGCACCGAUUUCGAGUCGGAGCUGGCAGACCGGCUACGAAGUGAAAUCAAAAUGUUAACAGCUCAAAAUGAGCGUGAACGCGAUCGUUGUGCCGAUGCACAACGCGCCAGUGAACGUGAGCGUCAACGUUAUGAAAAUGAGUUGCAAGAACGUGUCGAGUAUUGUGAGAAAUUAAAGCGUGAAAUGGAAAAGUUGACUCGCGACAAAGAUUUGGCAGAGCAUGAGUGCGAGCAUCUGCAGGAGCGUCUUACCUUACAGACGCAGGAGAUAGAGAGCCUGGAGGCAAGACUUGCGACGUUACAGGAGGCAGAAACGCGGCGUACAACGCGACGCGAUCGCCAGCAGAAAGAAAGUGUACAUCUGCUGGGUGAGAUACAGGAAGUAAAAUCGAUGCUGUUAGCUACCGAGGCAGAGCGAGAUAAACUGCUGAAGAACAUUACGCAAUUACGCUUCGACGUGGAGCGCUCGGGUCAUCGGGAAGCCAAACUUGCAGAAGCACUCGCCAAUGCAAAUAUGAGUGCAGCCGAGGUGUCUGUGCCGCAACAGUUUCUGCAAAAGAUGAAGGAAAUCAAUGCCUUGUUGGCGGAGAACACGCAGGAGAAUCGACAAAUGGCCGAGACGGUGCAAUUCCUCGUUGAGGAGCGUCGACAACUGCAAAAGAAAUGUGAAGAGCUCGAGUCGCAACUUGGCGGUACGGCCAACGUGGCGGAGCUAGAGGAGCGCUGCAAUCAUCUGUUAGGCCGAUAUUUGCGAGUUGAAUCGCACCGCAAAGCGCUUGUUUAUCAAAAACGUUACUUGAAAAUUUCGCUGCAGAACUACCAGGAUAGUGAGCAGCGUGCACUAGCAGCGCUCAAUGGCGGACACAUGGCGCAGCCACUUCCCAACAAGAAGAAGCUUUUCAAGACUGUUGCUUUGGCUGUUGUGGCCAUUCAGCGCAUGAAGUAUAUUGGCCGCACUUGGCGCACUGGCAAGCGGAUCGUUUCGAAGUCAGUGUUCACAAUAACACAACAAAAGCCUCCUCAACCGGCAAUAUUUACGUGUGCUCCGGAUAACUCAACUUGUCCAAAAUCUCCCCCAACUAUGCCAUUUUGCAAUCCGCCAAAUUCGUUGCGGCCUAGAAAUCGUCAAUUUCAGCCUUUGAAGUCGCCUGCGCUGGUCCACGACUUUGUGAAUGGCGGCGCUAUUGAUGAUGACGUAACCUCUACUAUGACAUUAAGUCCUGUGCCAAUAUUCGAUUGGCCGCGCGUGCAGACAUUUCAACAGUAGCAUCGAAUGCUACCAGAGUCCUGACACUACUCCAAAAGUACAUACAUACAUACAUGAAAGUAAAUGCUCAAAUAAACCCCUCGAAAUAACAAUGCAUUGACAGUCAGUUUAGCCGCGAAGUCAAGCGCAUUUUUAAUAUUCUUCUAUAUCAUAGGAAUAAGAAUAAUUAUACAUAUGAAUCUGAAAAUAGCAUAAAAGUACAUAUCUAGACUAACUCAUGCGCAACAAAACAAAAGCAAAAAAAAAAACUAUCAAAAAUGUUUUGUGCAGGCUCGUUCACCUGCUGGUUCAAAUUAAGUGUACUGUUAACUUGUGUAAAAUUAGUCACUAUCUUAAUCGUAAGUCUAGUCUUUAGUGUUCUUAUACUUAAUGCUCUAAUUUCUUAUUGUAUCCGCGCAAUUGUUAUGCGUUGGCAAUUUUAAAGGUUAUGUAUCGUAUCCCAGUAUUUUAGCCGAUCAGACCACAAGAAAACAGUUUUUUUCUGGAUUUCUGAGUUAAUUUUCAUAACAUUUAACAUUAAUUUAAGUUUGAAGCCUGGUGUUCCAUUAAACUCAAAUAUUUGGUUUAUAAUUCUUUAUUCUAAUUAUUAUGUUUAUAUUUUCAUAUUCAAUACUGGACUUUUUAUUUAAAUUAAAGUGG